GGCUUCGACGGGUAGUACGAUGUCAUGGACAGGCGCUAACUACCGUUGUCCCGUGCACCACAUCUGCGACACACACGCAUACAUUCAAGCAAAGAAUGUGUUCAGUUACAUAAGUUCAUCAACAAUGGCACAAUUAUGCGUGUCUUUCUCUAUCUCUCUGUAUAGAUGUACUAUUUUUCCACACAACGGGGUAGUGGCACAUCACGAAACAGCUAGUGCAUCGAGGGGAUAAAAUGGAAAAAACUAUAUAUAUAUCAUACACCUAAAAGCGUAGGACGCGCUCAAAGCAUGAAACGCAGUCUGUACAGACAAAAGAAACCCUUCGUGUAUUAGUUGUACGGAACGUCGAAAAUAAUAAUAAUAAACGAAGUUGCAAUGCUGUGAGACGCAGCCGUGAGAAGCUGUUACUUUGUUGCGAAAGGAAGUUGUGGUUGCUGGCCUUUUAUUUUUUUGCUGACUUUUUUUUGUAAUUUCUUUCUUUAUUGAGUUUUUUUUUUCUAUUUAGCUGUUUGACUGCCGCCCGUCGAUCUUUCUCUUCCCUUUUCUGUGACCAUUAAUAUUUGCUGUCAGAACGUACUAACCCUCGUAAAACGAAGUUUUUUGGCCCAUCGGAAAAAGAAAUCCGGAAGGGAGAGUCACGCCUGCUCAGGAGUUUACUGUUUUCCUGUUCUUCGCAUGUGUGUGUGUGUGUGUGUGUGUGCUGCUGCUGCUGCUGCUUGGUUCACAUUGCUGCGCCUGUUUUACCAACACGAUCGCUUACAGCAACGGAAAGGGAAAACAAUACUAACAGUGAAUUACGGCACGUAACAUCUAAGUCGGCAAGAAUCCGAUGAGAACAUGUUGUGUCAUGCUUACCUCAGCCGCGUGGCUUUCAUCGGUGUGUUUCUCUCUCACGUCUUCUCACGUCUUCUCACGUUCUUUGUUUUCCUUUUCCUCCGAUCUCUCAUGCUCGUCAACGUUUUCGUCAGUCUCUUGCCCCGUUUGAGCUUACGUGUUCACUUGCCCAAUUUUACUAUUAUUCGUUUUCUUUUUUCCCGAUCCCAUUCGGCCAUUCGAGAGCGCUGUUCGCAGGUAAAACCCGCCUCCCCACACCCAUUCGAGCACCCACACCUUUGACGCUGCGUUCUUGCCUUUUUAUAUUACCUAUUGUUUUUUGCGCCUCCCCAAACGUCGUUUUUCCCCUCCUGACUUAACUCUUCUUUCCCCGCCCAGUAAGUUGCACCGGACGUGUUUAUUGUGGUUUUCUCUUUUUGUUUCUUUGCCGGUUGGCCAACCCUGUCGGUGCCCUGGUCGUGGAGCAAGUGGUAUCGCUGAACCCCUUGUGACCGCCUUCUUUUUUUUCUCUCUUCUUCUUUUCACUCUCUCUCUCUCUACCGCAAAGCACCCCAACAAAGCGGACACAGACGGAAAUACCGCGUUGGACCUCAUUCAAUCAAAAAAAAAAAUACACACACACGCACACACAUAACAAUAACAAGUAGAUCAAUCGGUUUCUCACGAACUCAAGUGAAAGCCAAAAGAGAAGAAAAAAACCCACAAGCACAUCACAUCGCGUCUUUUCCCUUGCCCUUCGUUUCGGGCCUAGCUCAUCUCUCUUCUUUCACCUCCUAUCUACAUAUAUAUAUAUAUAUAUAUAUAUAUCCACCGUUUUUAUCUCUGCUUUUGCGCGACACAAUGCCGGAGCGUGUCUCGGUGAAUCAGGAGGUGUACUACUUCGACGCCAAGAAUGGUUGGCUGCGCGGCGUCGUGAAGGCGGUGGAGGGGACGAAGGUCACUGUGGAGGAUAACGAAUCACACGCCAACGUAACCGUCCCGCACGACCACGACCAUGUCCACGGCUACAUCUCGGAGAGCUACGACGCCAACGAUGCGGAACUCUUCCAUGUCAGCGACCUGCACGUCGCCACCUUGCUCUACUGCAUCAAGGAUCGCUUCGAGCAGCUCCACAAGCAGUACUCGUUGAUGGGUGAGAUGGUGCUCUCCGUCAACCCGUUUCAGCUCAUGCCGUUCAACAGCGAGCAAGAGCGCAAGAAAUACCUCGCCCUCCCCGACCCGCGGCUUCUGCCACCGCACAUCUGGCAGGUGGCCCACAAAUCCUUCAACGCCGUCUUUGUGCAAGGCCAGGGCAACCAGUCCGUCGUCAUCUCCGGCGAGUCCGGUUCUGGCAAAACCGAGAACGCGAAGAUGCUCAUCGCGUACCUCGGUCAGCUGAGCUACAUGCACAGCAAGGACACGUCGCAGCGCGCCAUCGCGGACAAGAUCGACGAAAACCUCACGCUGAGCAACCCCGUGAUGGAGUCCUUCGGUAACGCGCGCACCGUGCGCAACGAUAACUCGUCCCGCUUCGGCAAGUACAUCAAGCUCUACUUCGACCCCAACUCCGGGGUGCUGGUGGGUGGCCAGACCGUCACCUACCUGCUGGAGAAGAGCCGCAUCAUCAUGCAGUCGGCCGGGGAGCGCAACUACCACAUCUUCUACGAGAUGCUGGCGGGUCUGACGGCACAGGAAAAGGAGGAGCUGGGCGGCCUCAAGACGGCGCAGGACUACCGCUGCCUCAACGGCGGCAACACCUUCAUUCGCCGCGGCGUCGAUGGCAGGCCCCUCAACGAUGCCCAUGAGUUCCAAACGGUGCGCCACGCCUUGAAUCAGCUGGGGGUGCCGCCCAAGACGCAGAAGUGCAUGUUCCGCGUGCUGGCCGCGAUUCUGCACCUUAUGGAAGUGGAGUUCACGGCGGAUAACAACGACAAGGCGCAAAUCGCCACCGACACGCCCUUCAAGACGGGCUGCGCGCUGCUCGGCCUGAACGAGGAGAAGCUGCAGGUGUGCUUCCUGGUGAAGAGCAAGACGUCGCUGGUCACCAUCCUGGCCUCCAAGACGGAGGCGGAGGGUCUGCGCAACGCCUUCUGCAAGGGCAUCUACGUGGGCAUGUUCGACCGCCUUGUGGAGUUUGUGAACACCGCCAUCCAACCUCAGGUGGACUGCACCGGUUGCAAGUACAUCGGCCUGCUCGAUAUCUUUGGUUUUGAGAACUUCACCCGCAACAGCUUCGAGCAGAUCUGCAUCAACUACGCCAACGAGUCGCUGCAGAACCACUACAACAAGUACACCUUCAUCAAUGACGAGGAGGAAUGCAAGCGCGAGGGCAUUCAGGUCCCUAAGAUCGAGUUCCCCGACAACUCCGAGUGCGUGAACAUGUUCGACGAGAAGACCUACGGCAUCUUCUCGAUGCUCGACGAGGAGUGCAACUUCAAGGGCGGCAACACCGAGCGCUUCACGACGAACCUGUGGGAGUAUUGGGACGGCAGGAACGCGUACUUCGUGAAGCCGAAGAGCACAAUUCCGAACCAGUUCGGCAUCAACCACUACGCCUCCUUCGUGAAUUACAACGCCGACGAGUGGCUUGAGAAGAACACCGACGCCCUCAAGGAGGAAAUGUACGAGUGUGUGAAAGGCUCCACGGAGGAUUUUGUGCAGACACUGCUGUCGACGGUGAAGAGUCUGGCGCGCCGCAAGCAGACGGUGGCCAUCCGCUUCCAGAACCAGCUGAAGGACCUUCGCGCCGAGUUGGAGUCGACCGAGACGCAGUUUAUUCGCUGCAUCAAGCCGAACAUGGACGCCAGCCCCGAGUACUUGAGCAACGGCCUCGUCGGUGCGCAGCUCGAGUCCGCUGGUGUCUUGCAGACGAUCGCGCUGAAGCGCCAGGGCUACCCCGUGCGCCGCCCUCUCGAGCAGUUCUGCAAGUACUUCUACCUCAUCAUGCCCCGCACUACCGUCUCUCUCUCGAAGCAGGAGCGCUACGCCGACGCCUGCAAGGACUUCUUGCAGAGGUACCAGCGGCUGUACAAGUGGAACGAGCCGAACUUCGCCGUGGGCAAGACGAAGGUGUUCCUGCGCGCCGAGGUGUGGUCGGCGCUGGAGCGUUUGGUGCUGCGCCGCCGCGCUCAGCUGCUGUGCCGCUGCAAGCCGUACCUGCAGCGCUGGAUUGCCGAGUUCCGCGAGCGGAAGCGUAUUGAGGAGAUGAAGCGGCUGGAGGAGCUCCGCAAGCUGCGCGAGGCACGGGAGGCGAAGGCGGCCGCGGCGGCCAACGGGGUGCCGGCGAAGAAGAUGCGGUGGGUCGAGGACCUCUCGAACGUGUUCCCGGACGUGGACAUGGACACCCUGAUGGACGCAGCGGUGGAGGCAGACUCGCACGAGGAGGCGCUGCGCGGCGUCCUCGCCAUCCAGGCGGACCGGGUGGACAAGCAGGCUCCGUCCGGCUUCAUUGACGUGGUCACCUCUGCCAAGGUGCGCCCUUCCGUCAUCAGCAGUCUCAUCUCGGCCGACAUCAAGACCGUGUCGGCGCUGUCGAAGCUGCAGCCAGACGAGCUGAAGAGCCUCGGCGCGAAUGAGGUGGAGGUGGUCGCCAUUACGAAGAAGCUGAUGGACCAGCAAACACGGCGGGUGAAGUACCAGCGCCUCGGCGACGCCCUCGGCACCCGAGGCGAGGACGCCGCCACCGAGGAUGUGAUGACGGCAGAGGCGAUCCGCCACCAGGACGACUUCGACGCCAAGGUGCACGCCCUCACGAGCAUGGGCUUCAAGGAGUCCGACUGCCGUGUCGUCUUGGCUCAUUACAACGGCGACGUGCAGCGCACGGCGGCCCGCCUCAUUUACGGCGUGGACAGCCGCAAGAUGCGCAACAACGCCGGCAAGCACAAGCAGUUCAACACGACGGAUGCGAGCACGCAGCAGCUGAUCGCCCUCGGUGCCGCAAAGCAGGACGCGAAGAUGGCGCUGCGCCAGUGCAACGGUGAUGUCGACGGCGCCGCCAAGAUGCUGUUCAAAGUGAAGUAA